AUGAACUCCUCAUCCUAUAACUACAGUGUGUCGGGCGGUCUGAGCGAUCAACUCAUCAUAGCUGCAGCUAAAAAUGUGAUCGUCCUCGCUCUAGGCAUCACCAUCAACUAUAUUAACGGCAUGCUGAUUCUCACCUUCAGAAAACAUCAGGUGUUUUACGUGAACCCUCGUUACAUCCUGUUCAUCCAUCUUGUCGUGAACGAUGUGAUCCAGCUAACAACAUCAGCCAGCCUGUUUGUCAUUGGUUACGUCUUGUAUAAGAUUAAUGCUUCCCUUUGUUGCCUCCUGAUAUCUUUGGCUAUUUUCACCACCAUGAACACUCCGUUAAAUUUAGCCGUAAUGGCUGUGGAGUGCUACGUCGCUGUGUGCUUCCCUCUGCGGCACGCUGAGCUCUGCACCGUCAAACGAACUUAUAUUCUGAUUGGUUGUGUUUGGACUUUGAGCUCGGUCACAGUUUUGCCCGAAAUCUUUAUUCUAUUGGCAACAGACCCCCUGUGGUUAGUUUAUUCCUCGAUAAUUUGUCUAAGGGAAAAUCUGUACCUACAUCCAGUGAGUGUGCAAAUUAGACAAAUUGUUUAUCUAAUGUAUUUAAUUGGAGUGUGGUUCGUCCUUUUCUUUACCUAUAUCAAGAUCUUUGUUGCUGCUCAAGCAGCUAAUUCAGCUGAUGGAAAGGAAAAGAAGGCCAGGAACACCGUCCUGCUUCACGGCUUUCAGCUGCUGUUGUGUAUGCUGACAUAUGUAGACCCUAUGAUAAAAACUGGUUUGAUGAGAUUGUUCCCUAAAUAUGCAGAAGAAGUGCGCUUCGUUUGGUAUGUGUUUGUUCACAUUCUCCCCAGGUUUAUCAGCCCCAUUGUGUAUGGGCUGCGAGACAAGACGUUCAAACAGUAUCUGAAGAAACAUCUGUCGUGUAUCAUUAGACCAGUCAGUAAACUGCAUCCUAACAGUAUUUGAAAAACACUUUAACUUUGCACAGUAAAGUAUGGAGUGGUGUUAUCAAGAUUUAACACCCUGGGUUGAGCGACUGAAACAUCUUUGCAGUUCGCUGGUGAAGAAGC